CUGCAGAUCACUGCAUAUGCAGGCAAAGGCACACGCUGCUCGACUUCUCCGCACCACGUGCAAGGCCUCUGUCAGUUGCAGAGGCCGAGGCAGCCGCUAUCAUGCCAUGGCGGCUGCAAACCUAAACAGGACUGGGCUUGUGAGGGGAAAGCUUCUGUGGGAAGAGGGCCCUCGACAGAACAACGGAACAACAGAAUAAAACAACUCCAUCUUCCCUCCCAACAAAGACGAAACACCAACGUCGCAGCCAGAGUGACCACCCAACAUGGAGCUCUCGCCGCCUGGCCUCGCCGACAGGCCAGACCAUGGGGCAGCUCCCUGGUCGCCCAGCUCGUCAGCCGCGGCAAGACAGCUCUGCGACGACUUUGCCAGCCGCGCCUUUCCCGGCGUCGCCAUCAGCCCGGCCGCGUUUCAGGGUGCCUGCUCUUAUACGCUCUGCGUUGGCCCCGACGACGUCGUGCAGUUUCGCCCGCCCGCGCACCGCAUCCACCUCGACACCGCCGCCGCCGCCGCCACCGUCUAUGGCGCCUUCGCCCCGCGCACCGCAUAUAUAGGCGUCGUCCGCGUGCCCGCCACCGACAAGGGCGUCCGUCGCGGGGACGUGGCAGCCGCCGACCCCCACAGCAACGACAUGGUCCUGUACGCAUACCACAUCUCCCGCAUCCCCGGCACCGCCCUCGCCGACUCCCGCCCGCGCCGGCCACGCCAGCAGGCGGCAGACGACCGCCUGGUGCGCGAUUUCGCCCGCCUCGUCGCCCGGAGCUGGCGCUGCGCCCUCGAGCCUGCGGCGGCGGCGCCCCUGCGCGGCCGCGUGGGCGCGUCCCUCGGCUGGCGCCUGGAGCUGCUGCGGGACGGCCUCCCGGCGCGCUUCGAGCCUGUCGUCCUGGACGUGCUCGCGCAUCUCGGCGACAUCGAGGCGCUGCCGUGGGCCUUUACGCAUGGCGACCUGGUGCCCGGUAACGUCAUGGUCGCCGCGGCGGAGCCCGGCCAGAUGCGCAUCUCGGGCCUCAUCGACUGGGCAGAGGCCGAGUACCUGCCCCUCGGUGUCGGCCUGUACGGCCUAGAGGAGUUCUUGGGAGAGUCCACGGAGGCGCCCUUGUCGUCGGGGGGCCAGUACCCGCCCCCUGGCAGCACGUUUGCCUAUUUCCCGACUGCGACCGGGCUGCGGGAUGCCUUUUGGGACGAGCUCGAGACCCAGAUCCCAGAGCUUCGGGGAGGCCAGAACAACCAUCUGCGGGCCACCGUCGAACGCGCCCGCGUCCUCGGAAUUCUACUGUGGCACGGUAUCGCUUUUGACGGCGGUCGGCUCGACCGCGUCGUUGCCGAAGGAGUCGACGACGCCGAGAUCCAGCGCCUCGACCUGUUCCUCAUCGACGGCGCGGCCGCCCCCGGCCCAGACGACGAGCCCAUCGAGGACCCGAACGAGGCCAUCCUGGAUGAUGUAAUAGAUGAGGACGACUCGGCGGACCCGAGCCCUCCCUCUGGCGCCAUUGUGAGACCUGAAUCCGUGCCCCCGUCUAAUACUCGGGAUCCUGCUACAGAUCGGCGGCCAAGCUUUAGCAGGAGGGCCUGGGAAUAUGUGCGCCGUCUAGGGAAGCUAUGACUGCAAUGAUUAUGUUUACAUCGUUUUUUUUUUUGAUAACGUUUAUGUCUUUGCUGAUUUUCCAACACAGUUCUUAGUGUUUUUGUUUAACAUGGCGAGAUUCGGGGGGUUUUUUUUAUUUGGAAAGAGGAGAUGUAAUUUUUCUAAACCGCUUUUGUCUGGGUACUCGAGUGUCGGUGUUAUGCGAGGCUCGCAGCUUUAGGUGAUCUAUAGGGUUGGCUCUAUAUGGAUGGGCAAUCAAAGGGAAACGCUUUACCAACA